AUGCAUUUGUAUUUCAAGGAAUGUGAAAUACAGCUUCCAUGUUUCUUUAAGGGAUUUAAUAAGUUGAUUAGGCUAAUAUUGAAAUCUAUCACGUUAUCUUCUGAUAUGUUUGAAAGUUUGAUCUCUAAUUGCCCGUUGCUUGAGGAUUUGGUGCUGAAAGACAUACACAAUCCGUACUUCAUGAGUAUUAACGCUCCGAAACUAAGGUCAUUUGUCUUUCGUGGCGAUCUACAAUUGAUACAUCUUGAAAAUGUCCCUGUUCUUUCCAAUGUUCUGUAUGCGCCUAGAGAAUUAGUUCUGGAUGACGAAGAUGAUUUUGUCAAUAUUUUUUGGUCUGUUCCAUCUCUCCAGUGUUUCAGCUUGUUCUUUGAGCUUUCGUUUGCUCUUUGCAUAAUACGGAGCUCUACAAAUUUGGAAUGUAUCCUUAGUGAUGGAGAUUAUUUCGAAUGUGUGCCCCAGGAGGUUGUUGAUGAGAUUCCUGCAAGCUUUUCGGAUAUCACAUUUAACCAUAUGAGGACAGUUAUGUUUUAUGAUGUACUAUUAGAAGAGGUUGAAAUGCAUCUAAUCAUGGUUUUAUUGGCAAAGUCUCCAGCACUGGUGAAAAUGAACUAUUUUGAACAUGCUCGCCGGGAGGCGGUUGAUGAUAUUCCUGAAAGAUUCUCAGAUAUGACAUUUAAUCACCUGAGGACAGUAAAGAUUAAUGAUGUAACAGGAGUAGCAGCUGAAAUGCAUCUUAUCAAGGUUUUAUUGGCCAUGUCUCCAACACUGAUUGUCAUGCCUCCGGAUAUCACAUUUAAUCAUGUGAGAACAGUUAAAUUUUAUGAUGUACUAUUAGAAGACGUUGAAAUGAAGCUUAUCAAUGUUUUAUUGGCAAAGUCUCCAGCAUUGGUGAAAAUGAACUAUUUUGAACAUGCGCGCCGGGAGGCUGUUGAUGAUAUUCCUGAAUGUUUCUCGGAUAUGACAUUUAAUCACCCGAGGAUAGUAAAGAUUGAUAAUGUAACAGGAGUAGCAGCUGAAAUGCAGCUUAUAAAGGUUUUAUUGGCCAAGUCUCCAACACUGUUCAGAAUGAUAAUCAAGCCUUGUGAAACGGAAGAUAAAAAAUAUUUUAAUGUACUCGCUGAGGAUUGGGCAUUUGAAGUCAAUCCUUAUUUGACCCAUCAAGUAAUUGCAGAAGAAGAGAGAUCAUCCCCAAGGAUGAUGAGAUGGUUGUUGGCAAGAACAAAAACUAACAAAGAAGCUGGUGGUAUUGGUCCUGCUGCUGCUGCUGGUGGUUGUGUUGGUGGUGGUGCUGUUGUUGUUGCUGGUGCUGAUGCAGGACAACACGAAGGGAAUAUCUCUUGUAGAUGA